GUUUAUUAACUGUGUCUUAUAAGAUUUAAAAAAAUAAUACAAAAACGGACCUUGUUGUCUGCAAGUGUGUUUAACAGACUAGUUUAGCAAUCAAGGCGUGUAUAAAAUAUUAACUCGUGCUGUAUUAUUGGUGACGUCGUUGCACACAGAUUUGUUUGUGUAUUAUUAUAUAUGUUUUUUAUUAUUUAUUUUUUUGAUGAGACAAAAGUGUAUUGUUAACGAUAUUAAAUAAGUAUAGUUGAGCAAAAGACAAAAAGCUCGUGUGUAUGCGCAUUUUAUUUCUGUAGCAAGGACCAGCCUUAAUGUGCAUCUCCAGGCUACCUGCCACAUUUGGUUAGUCUCUCUUCGUAACUCGUCUCUUUGGUGAAGGAGGCCUAAUUCGAGUUGGCUGUAUUUGCAGUUCACAUUCUUGUUCUAAAGAGAAGAGUUGAUUCUUAUUGUUGAAGGUGAAACAAGUUUAGAUGUAAUGGGAUACUUUGAACUUCAAUAUGGAUAGAGAUAUUCUACGCCAGUCUGUGAGUUACCAUGGACAUACCCUGUUCUCCCUUUUAAAAUGUGAGCAGCAGGAAAACCCAGAUUUCCAGUGCAUCGCUGGAGACUUGUCAAGAACUGUACAAUACAGAAAAGAGAGAAAAGUUGAAAAUGUUGCUAUUCAGCAAUUUAUUGCAAGGAAAGCAGAUCUCCUAUUUUCUCCAUCAUGGCAGUCCAGCACCCCAUUGGUUAAAGAGGAGACUGAAGAUAUGUAUGCAGUUAUGCCACCUCUGGAACAAUUCAUGGAGGUCCCUGGCAGCGACAGGAGAAACCUAUUUUUUCGAGAUAUUGAAUGUGGGGAUGUUGUGAUCGGGCGUAUUAACUCCUUACGAGAAUUUGGAUUCUUUGUUACUUUGAUCUGUUUAAGCGGAGGUCUGGAGAGAUAUAUUGAGGAUCUGGAAAUAACAGCCCUAUGUCCAUUACGGGAUGUGCCUACCCAUGGUAACCAUGAUGAUCCUCUCUCGUACUAUCAAAAUGGAGAUCUAAUUCAAGCUGGAGUAAAGGACGUUGACUGUUACCAUGAAAAACUGACUGUUUCGUUGCAACCUUCUUCUCUUCCUCCAUCCCUUUCACAUCUGAAACUUGGAGUUAUAGGUGUUGAUGAUAUGCCUGCCCAUUACAGUCGGAGUGUUGCGGUGGUCAGCAGCACUACAGAAACCUAUGAGACGGUCUUGGAACGUACACUUGGUUUUGCGAAUCCAUCCACAGUAGAGUUUCUCUUGGGGAAACUAGGAAUUAGUGAAACCGAUCCUGCUUCACUGAUGAGGGGAUUGCAAACCAAAAACUUCUUAAAAGAAGAUUAUGCGACAUCUAUCAGAAAAAAGCAGUCGGCAUCUUGGGCAUUAAAAUGUGUAAAGGUUGGAGUGGAUCAUUUUAAAUCGGGACGGCAUGCAGAAGCGAUGAAUGAAUACAACAAGGGCUUGGAAAUUGAUCCAAACAAUGUGGAAGCAUUGGUGGCACGUGGGGCUUUAUAUGCUACAAAGGGUAAUUUGAAUAAAGCUAUAGAUGACUUUGAACUGGCAUUAGAGAGCUGUCCAACGCAUAGAAAUGCCAGAAAAUACUUAUGCCAAACAUUAGUGCAAAGAGGAGGCCAGGUGGAAGAGGAAGAAAAACUGGUAACUGCUGAAGGGUUAUACAGAAAAGCACUGGCUUUAGACGAGGCUUUUGAAGAGGCAGAAGAAGCUUUGCAAAAACUACAGAAACACAUCCAGAAAUCACUGAAAUUGAAAGAGGAAGCAGCAAAAGAAGAGAAGGAUAUGAAUAAAAGUGUGGAGACAAGUGCUGAAAAAUUGCGUAAGCUAUUAAAAGAAGAAAAAAGAAGGAAAAGAAAAAGGAAGAGAUCAUCAUCCCCUUCUGACUCCUUAUUGUCUUCAAGCCGCAAAAAAUCCAAGAAAAGGAAGAAACGCUCAGUAUCUUCACACAGGCACAAGAAGCGUUCACACAGGUCUUCCUCGAAUGAAGACAAAACUUUUGAUAGCAAGGAGUCAUGGUACCGUCCUCCAGCAAAUACCUCAGCAUCUUUCCUGAACCAAAAGCAGGAUAUGGCUAAACUGCUAGAGGGGAAUGUCAGGUCAGUAGAACAGAAAUCCCAGGUAAAGGGUAAAAGGCACAACCGCUCCAUGUCUUCAUCUUCUGUUGAAAUCUUGAAUGAUGAUGGUGAAGAUCGGUCUGAAGACUCCAUAGAUUCCAUUCGUAGUGCCAAAUUCCAAGCUGGUAGCACCAAAGGAAAAAGUCAGUGCAGUAUAGAUGGGGAUUCUAGACAUCAUAUUUCAAAAUCUCGCCACAGGUUAUCAAGUGGUAAAGAGGGAGAGCUGGACCACUAUUCUAAGAGGCAGGUCCAGGCAUCUGGCAUUCACCAAGGCCUGUAUGGUAGUGCAGAAAAGUCAGACCAUAGAAAGAACUCCUCAUCUUCAGCAGGUUCUGAGUAUUCUGAUAAGUGUGGUUAUGCAAUAAGAGAUUCUUAUUCACAGGAUCAUAGUUGCAGCAAAAAUGUAGAGAGUGGGGAUAAGCAGGAGGAAUACAAGAGCCGAGAGGGUGUAAGUAAGGUGAAACCUAAGGGAGAGGAAAAUGUACAGUCAAGAGGUAGAUUGCAGAAUGGUAAGGAGUCUGCUGCUAAAGAGACAGCGGACAAGAAUUUGCCAUUAAACUUGCUUAAUAUAUUCAGCCAGAUUGCUCAGUUUGAAAAAGAGAAAUGCAGUAAGCAGAAACAGUGAAAUGUGUAAUAUGUUUCAUUUUGAACUAAAUGCCUUUGGGAAUAUCCAUUGUCGAAUUUUCUAAUGGCAAGAGAAAUACACCAUUGGACAAUUGAAUAGUCAGAAAAUGUUUAAAACUUGUUUCCUUCAUUUACAAAAGAUUUACAAGGUUUUCAUUUUUUGUCUUUUUUUACUUGCAUUGGUGGUUCAAAGUAUGAACAGCUGUGUUUUCUGCACCAAAAUUAUUGUUAAGUCUUGAUACGAAAUGUCGGUAAAUACAUUUGAUGAUAGAAAAUGCAGUGCUUUUUUCUGGGGGUUCAUUACUAAAAAUAUUGCCUUAAAUUGCUAAUGUAGCAAACCAGAUAUGUUGUAAGGAGCUAAUGCCAUGUAGUUGAACCUCGAUUACAUUUCAUGUGAUUGGUUAAUAUUUACACUGUAUAAAAAUAUAUGAUCCUAAGAAUUGGUAAUAAAUGUCCAAACAAAUCAAGAAUGGGAAAAAUGUUUAGAUUACUUUCCAUUAAAUGUGAACGCACUCAAAGGUGUGCAUUUUAGUAUGAACAACUAAUCUCAAAAUGUAUUAGGAUUUGGAAAAAAAUACACUAAGAUUGGAUAGGUUUUUGGUGUAGCUCUGCAAGACAGAACAGUUGUUCAGCACCAACAUCACUUCAGCUUUUUUCCCAGGAAUGGAAACAAAUAACAAAAUACAAUUUGCAAAUGGUAUACUCAUGUGCUGAUUUAAUUAAUAUAACAUGUUAAAUGUUGUGUAUUAUCCCUAAAUGUUGCUAAUGGUUACGCUCCACAAUUUUUUUUUUUUUUUUUUUUUGUACACCGGAUGAUCUCUAUAAUAAAACAUUCAAAACUGUCCAAAUAUGCUGACAUCUAAUAAUAUACACUUUGGGGGAUUUGUUUUGGAAAUCAAAUAAAAUUAUUGAUUUUGUUUGCAUCUUCUACAAAUCAUUUUGGAUUGUUUUAAUUUAAAUAUAGUUGCUUCACAUUUAAUUAAUUACUACUUUAGACUCCUUUGGCUGUGGCUGCUGCUAGCUGCACUGCCGGGGCGAGAUUCCCGGGGUGAAAUUGUUGUUAGAGGAGGUGAUGUCACAGACAGUCCCAAUCCUAGAUCAGCGGUCUUCAUAGAUGGUGCCUGCACACCAGCCUUUCCAGGACUGCACCUUCAAGAGACUUGUCUCCUAAAAAUGCAUAGCAGUAUUGUGUUAAGAUUAAGUAUUAAAUGUUUAUGUACAGUAUGUCCAAGUAUAAAGCGGUAUAGUAUUUGCAUGCAAACAUGUUAUGGUUAAUGCAGUUUUAUUUCCAGUAUUUACUACGCAUUACCACCCAAUUGAAAAAGUCCAAUCCCCAUCCCCCACUUUAGUAGUUACAGUAUUAUACUAACCUCACAGAUGAUGCUGAGCUGUGCCGACUGCUAGAGGUAGAAACAACUGCAGGUAAAGGCAACUUGUCCUAUACAAAUGAAUGGAAAAGGGUAUUUGAUAAGUCUUGGUAAAAGUAAAUUGUGGACUACAGUAAUCACAUGAUUUUGUUUUUAAUUAAGGUUAUGCACUAUGAACAAUGUGUGUAUUUAUUCCAUGUGACUGCUUGAAGAACACAAACUGAAUAAACACUAAUAAAGUGUUUGUGCACACUUUAAAUGAGACUGCUAAUCGGUAUGUUUUAAGGUUGAAAAACUUUUGGUCGAGAAAUUGAUAACCCUCGGAGUUAUAUUAAUAAUUUUAAAUUGGUGCAUUUUGAAAAUCAGAAUGCUGCUCACAUCGGUAUCAAUGUGUGUUACCUGUUGAAA